AUGACUGAUGAUAGCUUUAAUAAAAAUAAUAACAAAAAUAAAAAUAAUACUUCUAUUUUUUCAUUUGAAUCAAAUAUUACAAAUUAUGAUUCCUCUUCAUUCAAAUUCAAUUUUACAACAAGUCCUUCAUUAAUUGUUAAUAAUAUACAAUUCUUUGAUAAUUUUAUUACAAAAUUUUUCAAAGAAUUAAUUCAAGAAUUAUAUUUUAUCCUUUUAAAUAUGGAAUAUGAAUAUGGAGAUUAUAAUUUUAAUAAUGUUAAAUUAAUUAUAAAUACUCUUUUAUUAGAUUAUGAUUUAGACUCUAAAAAUGUACUUGAAAUUAUGACAAAUAAUUCACAAAAUAUUUUUUGUUAUACAAGUUUAAUCGGAAUUUUUUAUCAAUGUGGAAUUGGAUGUGAGGUUGAUAAAAUUAAAGCAUUAAAUAUAUUUUUUAAUGCUGUUAAAAAUAAUCAAAAAGCAAUAUUGGACCAAUUUUCUUUUGAUCAAAAAAAUGAAACUAUUUGUUUUCGUAAUGAUAGUUUCUAUAAUAAUGAUAUUAAGGAAUUAAAUGAAAUAAUUACACAAUAUUUUUAUUCUUUACUUAUUUAUCAAGAUAUCAUUUUCCAUAGAAAGGAUAAUUACAAAUUACACAUAAAAAAUGCUGAAAAAGGAGAUGAUAUAUCACAAUAUUAUGUAGGUAAGUUUUAUUGCAUCAAGCAAGAUUAUAAUAAAGCAAUUGAAUGGUAUUCAAAAUCAUCAGAAGGCGGAAAUAUUAAAGCAAUGUUUGAAUUAGGUGUUUGUUAUGAGCAUGGGUACUAUGAGGUUAUAAAAGAUGAGAAAAAAGCAUUUAAAUUUUAUUUAAAAUCUGCUGAAGGAGGGUACAAAUGGGCAUUAUAUAGAGUUGGAAAUUGUUAUCAUUUUGGAGAAUGUAGUACUUUUAUAGAUGAAUACAAAGCUUUUGAAUUUUAUUUAAAAGCUGCAGAAAAAGGUCACGUUUAUAGUCAAUUUUUAGUAGCAAGGUGGUAUUAUGAUGGAAAAUAUAUUCCAAAAAAUGAAGAAAAAGGAUUUUAUUGGAAUAGAAAAGCUGCAAUUAAUGGCAAUAUAGAUGCUCAAUUUAACAUGGCAGAAUAUUAUAUUAACAAUUCAAUUAAUAAGAAUGGAAGCAAAGCAUUCAAGUGGUAUAUGAGAUUAGCUAAUGUAAAUAUUUUAAAAGCAAUUUAUAUAGUUGCAAAAUGUUACAGAGAUGGCAUUGGAACCGAUAAAAAUUUAAAAGAGGCUAUGGAGUGGAUUAGAAAAUAUGAAUUUUCAAGGUUUGGUAAAAACCCACAAAUCAACUUAGAUCAUUUUUUGAAUGGCUUAGAUAUUGAUAUUUCUUCACUACCAUUAUACACGUUUUAAAUUAUCCUUCAAAUUAGAUACUAGAUAUUCACGAAAAGUUGUUAACAUGCUUAGAUUUUACCGAUCAACGUUACAAAAUUUGCUUUUCUUCACUAUUUUUAUUUUUUUUCGUAUAUUAAUAAAUAAGGG